AUGGAGAAACAUUGGGCACGUAUCGUCUUGGCGCUGGUUUGUAUUUGUGUACACGUCGGCACAUCCCAGGACCACGUCCAGGAAAAUAUGUCCUGUGUUAACUCCACGAUCGGUCACGAGACAACCAACGGUCGCCUGUAUGUGUACCAGCUGCAGCGAUGGACCGAGUACUUCAAAAUAAAUGUCCCCAAGUGUGAGUGGGGAGACAGAAUUGGCGUGUCAGUGACGGUGUGUGACACGAAGGCAACCACCACUUUGGAACUGGCAAACAGCGACCAUGCUUUGAUCUAUCGGACCGGCGAGAUCUAUGAGCCCGGACGCGCCCAUGUCGUUAUUUACUGUAAUUGGAUUAAUUAA